ACACAUGAAUCAUGGAGUACCACCAAUCUUAUACUACCUCUUCCUCUUCUCACUCCAACCACCACACCCACACCCGCAUCCCGGCUUCACAACACAGCCUCGUAUCAGUUCCAUCUCUCAACACCACCUCACAAUCCCACCUCCACACCUACCACCACUGCCUCGCAACCCUCAAAGGCCACACCUCCUACAUCUCCUCCCUAACCCUCUCCGGCAAAUUCCUCUACACAGCCUCCUCCGACAGAGAAAUCCGAUCCUGGAACCGCUCCCAACCUCAAAACACCGCCGCCGCCACCAACACCGUCACCGCCGGAAACGGCGCCGUAAAGUCCCUCGUUAUGCACUCCAACAAACUCUUCAGCGCCCACCAAGACCACAAAAUCCGCGUCUGGAAAAUCACCACCACCACUACCACCAACAACGAUGACGACGACGACGAAAAGAAGGAACACGACCACCUUAAAUACACGCACGUGGCGACACUCCCCACCCUCGGGGACCGCGCGGCGAAGGUUUUGAUCCCGAAAAACCACGUACAAAUCCGAAGGCACAAGAAACGCACGUGGGUUCACCACGUGGACACCGUGUCCGCUCUCGCCCUGUCCAAAGACGGAACCUUGCUGUACUCCGUUUCGUGGGACAGAACAAUCAAAAUCUGGCGAACCAAAGACUUCACGUGCUUGGAGUCUCUAACCAACGCGCACGACGACGCCAUCAACGCCGUCGCGGUUUCUUACGAUGGGCGCGUCUACACGGGAUCAGCGGACAAGACGAUCAAGGUGUGGGCGAAACCAGAAGGGGAGAAGAAACACGCGUUGGUGGAAACGUUAGAGAAGCACAACUCGGGGGUCAAUGCCUUGGCUCUGAGCAGCGACGAAACCGUGUUGUAUUCUGGUGCAUGUGAUAGGUCCGUUUUGGUUUGGGAGAAAGACGAAAGUGAUGGGAAUAUGGGGUUGGUGGGUGCGUUAAGGGGACACACCAAGUCCAUAUUGUGUCUCGCUGUUGUGGCGGAUUUGGUUUGUAGCGGUUCCGCUGAUAAAACGAUUAGGAUUUGGAGAGGGGUUGACGCCGAAUAUUCUUGUUUAGCUGUUUUGGAAGGACACACGGGUUCGAUUAAGUGCUUAACCGCAGUGGUUGACCACUGUAACCCCUCCCACUCCCAACUAUCUUUUCUACUAUAUAGUGGCGGUUUGGACUGCCACAUUAAGGUUUGGCAGAUUUUACUUCCUGCUAUCUAAAUUACAUAUACAAUCAUUAACAGCGCUACCAGCUUCAAUUUCUUUACAAGUUUUUCACUCUUUAACUUAUCGUCAUCUGGGUGUUUUCUUUUCCGAUCAUUAUAUAUUAG